AUGGAAAGUGCUACAAUACCACAUGACCCAACUUUUAAAGCUAUGUACAACAUUGUUCAUAUAGAUGAAAAAUGGUUUUACAUGACAAAGAAGUCUGCAAACUACUACUUGUUGCCAGAUGAAGCGGAUCCAUUGCGCUAUUGCAAAAACAAAAAUUUCAUUGGCAAGGUAAUGUUUUUAGUUGCUAUUACUCGGCCAAGAUUUGAUGAUGAAGGGAAUGAAACUUUUUCUCGAAAAAUUGGAGUUUUUCCUUUUGUCACCAAAGAGUCGGCGAAGAGGACUAGUGUCAAUAGAGUUGCAUAUACACUUGAAACAACACAUAUCACCUCAAUGACUAAGGAAAUUAGCAGAUCAUUCUUAAUUGAAAAAGUGAUUCCUACGAUAAAAGAAAAGUGGCCAAGAGAUGACAUACACAUUCCAGUUUUUAUCCAUCAAGACAAUGUUAUAAGUCACAUUAAGGACAAUGAUAGUGAAUUCUGUCGAGUUGCGAGAGAAGAUGGAUUUGAUAUUCGACUCAUGUUCCAACCUCCGAAUUCCCCAUAUUUAAAUGUCUUAGACCUGGGUUUCUUUAGUGUCAUUCAAGCAUUACAUUAUAAGGAACCAACAAGAACAAUUGAUGAACUUAUUAGUGUAGUAGUCAAAUCAUUUGAAUCAUUUCCAUCUAUUGUUUCAAAUACGAUUUUCUUAACAUUACAGACAUGA